CUGGGAGGUUCUCUGAGCGGUUUAUGUUUGAGCUGCCAUUCAGCGGACGCUCAGUGAGCCUCGAUCAGCCUGGAUUUAACUGCUGAGCGGCUGGCUAACAGGUGGCGUUCAGGGGAAACAGUGGAGCUCUGCGCUGAAGGGAAACAGCAGCAGCAUGUCGGGGAUCCAGAUGUGGUCACUACUCCUGGUUCUCUGUGCUGGCAGCUUGGAGGCUUGGUGGUUUUCCAACAAUCCUCAACCUACAACAGGAAGCACAACCACAGAAGGAGCCACCACUCCCAGUGGGGUGUUGGUGACACAAGGGACGAAGGAUGGGAAAAUAUCACAGGUUGGGGAGGAAAUCCUUAAAGUGGCAACAGGAAUACGUCAGGUUAUCGACGACUGGGAUGCGACUACAACCGCCUGGACUACCAGUGGAGGCCUGACAGGGACGACAGCAAAGCCCAACAUUACAGAUGAAAAAGAAAAAAGCGGUGUCUUUUUGCACCAGCUGAUUGGAGAUCCUCCACCGGAUUCAAUAGCUAAAGUCAAAGGGGCCCAAGGAACUGCCUACAAGUUUACCUCAGCAUCGUCCUCAGGAAAACUGGCCCAGGACUUUGUCCCCAGUCCAUUCUACAGGGACUUCACCAUCAUUUUCCACCUCCACGCUUCCACUCCUGCUGCAUCUGUCCUCUUCUCCAUCACAGACAGCGCCCAGAAAUUGAUGUACAUCGGUGUGAAGCUCAGCGCAGUGCAGUCUGGUCGUCAAAAGAUCCAGUUCUUCUACACUGAACCCGAUUCUGAGUCUUCGUAUGAGGCGGCCAGCUUUGACGUUCCAAUGCUUGAUGUCAAUUGGAAACCUUUCGCUCUGUCUGUGCAUGACGAACAGGUCAGUUUUUACUCAGAAUGUGACGGGGAUCCAGAAGUGGUGAAGUUUGAGCGCUCGCCUGAUCCGAUGGACCUGGAUGCUGGAAGUAUGAUCUUUGUGGGCCAAGCAGGAAGAGCUGAUCCAGACAAGUUUGAGGGUGAAAUUGGAGAGCUAAGACUUGUCAGAGACCCUCAGGCCUUUCAGGACUUCUGUGACUAUGACGGUUUCCCAGAUGAAAGUUCUGGAGAUGACGGCAACAGAAAGGCUGAUGGGAAGCAAACAGGAAAGACGGUCUCUUCGACAUCCUUCCGUCCAGUCUCUAAGCCCACGACUUCACACCAAAAAGGAGCUGGAAUCAAAACCUCAGAAAAAAGCGGUGUCUUUUUGCACCAGCUGAUUGGAGAUUCAAUACCUAAAGUUUCAAGGCCCGGAGGAACUGCCUACAAGUUUACCUCAGCAUCAUCAUCAGGAAAACUGGCCCAGGAUUUUGUCCCCAGUCCAUUCUACAGGGACUUCACCAUCAUUUUCCACCUCCACGCUUCCACUCCUGCUGCAUCCGUCCUCUUCUCCAUCACAGACAGCGCCCAGAAAUUGAUGUACAUCGGUGUGAAGCUCAGCGCAGUGCAGUCUGGUCGUCAAAAGAUCCAGUUCUUCUACACUGAACCUGAUUCUGAGUCUUCGUAUGAGGCGGCCAGCUUUGACGUUCCAAUGCUUGAUGUCUAUUGGAAACCUUUCGCUCUGUCUGUGCAUGACGAACAGGUCAGUUUUUACUCAGAAUGUGACGGGGAUCCAGAAGUGGUGAAGUUUGAGCGCUCGCCUGAUCCGAUGGACCUGGAUGCUGGAAGUAUGAUCUUUGUGGGUCAAGCAGGAAGAGCUGAUCCAGACAAGUUUGAGGGUGAAAUUGUAGAGCUAAAACUCGUGGGAGACACUCAGGCAUUUCAGAGUUUCUGUGAUUAUGAGGAUUACGCCGAUGAAGGUUCUGGUGACGGUGGCAACGGAGAGGCUGACAGGAGACAGAAAGAAAACACAAAGACGACCACUUUUCCACCCCUCCGUCCAGUAGCUGUACCCCCAAUUUCAUCCCAAACAGAAACCAGAAAAGGACCCUCAGGAGGCAAAGGUGAGAAGGGCGACAGAGGAGAGAAAGGCUUGAAAGGGGACCAAGGUCCUGCAGGACCAAAGGGAGAUUCAGGCAGCAGCUCAGGCUCAAGUUUUUCCUCUCAGGGUAGAGAGCAAGGCGACAAAGGAGAAAAGGGUAAAAAGGGUGAUACUGGUUUUGGAUACCCUGGCAAAAAGGGUGAACGUGGCGUUCAGGGGCCUCCUGGUCCUCCUGGUCCUCCUGGACCUGCAGCUGAGGUUGUCCGACUUGGUGACGGCUCUGUUGUGCAGCCCUUGGCUGGUCCAGCUGGGCCACCCGGGCCAACAGGACCGGAAGGGGCUGAAGGACCUCAAGGGGCUGAUGGACAGCCUGGUGAUCCAGGAGAGGAUGGAAAAGCUGGUCCUGCUGGACCGCAGGGUAUUCCAGGAAUUCCAGGAACAGCUGGUAUGAAAGGCCAAAAGGGUGAAUCUGGAGAGGGUUCCCCUGGACCAAGAGGUCCCCCAGGUCUUCCAGGAUCUCCAGGACCUGGCACUGGUGAUCGUCCAACAUUUGUUGACAUGGAGGGUUCAGGAUUCCCAGACUUGGAAACUUUCCGGGGUCCACUUGGUCCUCCUGGACCCCCUGGUCCACCCGGCCGUCCUGGGACACCUGGUACUUCAGUAGCCAUCGGACCUGAUGGUCCAGUAGCCUUUGGACCUCCUGGACCGCCUGGACAAGAUGGAGUGCCUGGCCUACCAGGCCCACCUGGACCUCCUGGUCUCCCUGGUAGACCCGGGCUCAGAGGAGAAAAGGGUGACGGUGGUGAUCUUGGUCUUCCUGGUCCAGCUGGGGAAAAGCAAGACACAACGGACUCCAACCCUUUCAAUUACUUCUUCUCUUUCUUUGCUCCAUCCUCUACGGGUGGUCAGGGCGAUGCUGGAAGGACGGGUACUCCUGGGGAGUCUGGUUUGGCUGGACUUCCAGGUCCCAUGGGACCAGUCGGGCCUCCAGGGCCUCCUGGACCACCGGGGCCACCGUACCUCGCCGGCAGUGGGAGUCAAAAUGAGGUGCUAAAUGCCCUGCCUGGCCUCAGAGGUCCACCUGGACCACAGGGUCCGCCUGGCAUUGCUGGUCUACCUGGCAAGCCAGGUUUUCCAGGGGAUCAUGGAGCUAAAGGAGCAGAGGGACCAAGAGGACCUCCUGGGAUUCCAGGCGUUGAUGGAUAUCCUGGAACACCAGGUAAACAGGGAGAGAAAGGGGAGAAGGGAGAGACGGGUCGUCCAGGUCGAGACGGUGGACCACCUGGACCACCCGGACCGCCUGGACAACCAGGACAGAUUCUCUACCAGCCGUCGUCAAGAGAUUUUAACGAGGUUUAUUGGAACGAUUUGGGACAGAGUGCAUCAGGCCGAGCAGGAUUCCCAGGGCCAGCGGGGCCUAAAGGAGACAAAGGGGAUGCUGGUGCUCCAGGAUAUGCUCCUAAGGGACAGAAAGGAGAGCCUGGCAUUAUCAUGGGACCUGAUGGGAGACCGUUAUAUCUGGGAGGCCUGACAGGACAGCCGGGUCCGCGGGGUCCUUCUGGACCAAAGGGAGAGAUUGGUAUUCCUGGGAGAUCAGGUCGACCAGGAUUAAACGGGGUCAAAGGAGAGAAGGGAGACUCUGGCGGCGGGUCUGGAUACGGUUACCCUGGCAUCCCAGGACCUCCGGGGCCCCCUGGGCCCCCCGGACCUCCAGGCGGGUCUGAUGAGUACUCCAGGUAUUACGCAGUUAAAGGAGAGAAAGGCGAUCCUGGACCACCAGGAAUACUUGAAAUUCAAGGUCUGGGAACAGGCUUUGACUUUUACACUUUAAAGAAUGAGUUGAAAGGUGAGGUGGGUUUAAAAGGAGAGAAAGGAGAACCAGGCGGCGGUUAUUAUGACCCCCGAUAUGGAGGAGGAGCUGGCUCACCUGGACCACCUGGACCACAAGGUCCAAAAGGAGAAUCAGUUGUUGGUCCACCGGGCCCUCAGGGGCCUCCUGGACCCCCAGGAACAGGCUAUGGCGGUCGACCUGGACCACCAGGCCCACCGGGACCUCCAGGUCCAUCUCUGUCUGGGCCCUAUGGAGGAACACAGACCAUCAGUAUUCCUGGACCCCCAGGACCACCUGGAGCUCCAGGUCUUCCAGGAUUCUCUUCAGCAGUGACAGUGUUCAGGUCUUAUGACACCAUGGCGGCCACAGCUACAAGACAGCCUGAAGGAUCUCUGGUGUACGUUAUCGACCAAAUGGACCUCUACGUACGAGUCCGGAAUGGAGUCCGACAAGUUCAGCUUGGGAACUACAUUGCCUUACCAAGUGAAUUGGGUGUUGCAGCUGAGGCGUCGCCCCCUGUCAUCCAGCCCCCAUCACAGUCAAACCCAGACUCUGACCGACCCGACUCACGGUACCAGAUAGAUCUGGUUUACCCACAGCCGUCAAAUCCCAGAUACCCCAGUUACACGGACCGCUUCAACCAGCCGGACAAUCGAUAUUUGGACCCCCGCUACUCGGUCACCCGUCCUCAGAGACCGCCGCCUCCGGUUCCCCAGGCUCCCAUCCACAGACACACUUCAGGUCCAGCGCUUCACCUGAUUGCGCUGAACAGCCCUCAGAAGGGCGACAUGCGAGGCAUCUCCGGCGUGGAUUUCCUGUGCUUCAGCCAGGCCCAGGCCAUCGGGAUGAAGGGAACUUUCCGAGCCUUCCUGUCCUCCAAACUGGAAGAUCUCAACAGCAUCGUUUACAGCUCCAACAGGGAGAACGUGCCAAUAGUCAACCUGAAGGAUGAGGUUUUGUUCGACAACUGGAACCGCAUUUUCAGCGACAGCAGAAUGAGGGACAACGUUUCGAUCUACUCCUUCAACGGCAAAGAUGUUCUCCAAGACGACACAUGGCCAGAGAAGACGAUGUGGCACGGGUCGACAAGCAGGGGUCAGCGUAACAUCGACAACUACUGUGAGGCGUGGCGCGUCGGGGAACGGGCGCUAACGGGCAUGGCGUCGCCGCUGCAGAGCCGCAGCCUGUUGCAGCAGAGCUCCAGCAGCUGCUCCAGCUCCUACAUCGUGCUGUGUGUCGAGAACAGCUACAUCCGUGACAGCAGGCAAAGAUAGAUCUAGUCUAAGCUUGAAUUUGUCUGUACACCGUUUGUGUUGCAUUGUAUAUAUGUUUUUAUCAUGAAAUAUCACUUUAUGUUUGUUUAGCCUGGAUUUAUGGUGCUAGAGAGAAUCAUCCUACACAUCUGGUUAAACUCAGGUGACUCAGUCUUAUUUUGGAGGUAUAUCAUUGUUUUCUUGCUUACCUUUGGUUUCAAACUGCUUCCCUACGCUAAGAUUAAGGCAGGCCAGGAAUUAAUCUUCCUUUAUUGUAGUUCAUUCAUCCAUAGUUUCCAUCCACCCUUCCUUUGUUCUCUGACUUCUGAGAUUAAGUCACAUGGGUAACAAGUUCAGGAGGGAAACCUGUUCCAAGUGAAAAUACUUUGCAGCUUUAUCAGGAUAUUCCAGGACAUUUGGAAGGUAAUACAAUCCCCCAAGUGGAUUCUGGGUGUCUUCACGUAUCCUCAGUGCAAAAUGUCUGAAGAAAACUGUAAAGAUCACCCAAUGAGGCAUGCAAAGCACCUCAAUUUCUUUCAAUGUGGAUGAGCAGUGGCUCUACCAAUAGAUCUACUAAUGGCUUUCCUGGUCAUGGCUUGAAGAUGCAAAAAUCAAAGAUGAGUUCCUGAGGUUCUCAAGCAAGCUGCAACUACACCUUUAGACCUUGGUUCCCAAGGUUUACCCUGGUGAAGAUAAAACUGCAUCUACAGUCUAUUUUAUCUCCCCUUUUGGGUGUUCAGCCAAUCAGCUGCAAGAAAAAGAAAUCGCGCUCCUGGAUUGGCUGCUUUGCAAACCCUAGCCGAUAGUAGCAUUAUUUUUAGGUAUUUCAGCUUUCCCAUCUGCCUUUUCUUUUAAUUUUUUUUAGAUAUGCUCAGCCAAAAAUAUGCAAAUAACUUGGAAUCACAUUCCACAGAAAAAUAGGUGAGUAGGCGUGUAAAUCCACUAAAUCCAAGUGACUGAACAAACCAAAGAUUAAAUGAUUCUUUUCUGUGAAAUUUAUAUUUUUCACUUCUGUACACUGACUGCAGCCCACGGCACAUGAGUAUUAUCGCUUAAUCACUUUGCCACAAGAUGGAGAAUAUUUUAUAUCAAUAACAAAGGGAUAUUUAUUAGUUUUUUUUUUUAAAUCAACUGCUUUUUUACUCUGACAGUAACGUGUGAUGUGAUUUGCUUUCAAAGUUUGAGAGCACAGAUAUAAAAUGUAUGAACAGAUACGUAAGGAUUCAGCCAUUAACCUGCUGUGCACUGUUUUUAUUAUAACUUCAGCUAGAGAUUGUUUCUCCGUCAUCCUGGAAAGAGAUGUCAUGGUUGAAUAAACUUGUGUGGGAAAACUUGA